AUGAAUAACGGAAACGACACUCAGCCUUCGAAGAAACCCGAAGAUGAAGAAACACUCCCUCAGCUCGGACACACCGGCGAAAUCGACGAAACUCUAGAAGGAGUCUCCGAAUCUCUCAAUGUGGACAUGGAAAGCCUCCCACAACCAGUCUCCGACGAUCCACCGAUCGUUGAUCCAGAAAUUCCCCAUGAGCUAGCCCAUCUCAUCAUUCACUUUGCAACAGCGGAUCAAUCAGAGCUCUUGGACAUCGAAUUGAUCCUCAUACUCAACACCUUGACCCUCUUGCUCUUGCACAUUCUUCAAAAGCUACCUUGA